AUGGUGCGAAAACUAAAAUUUCAUGAACAAAAACUUCUUAAAAAAGUAGAUUUUAUUUCUUGGAAAGUCGAUAAUAACUUAAAAGAAGUAAAGGUUAUGAAAAAAUACCAUAUACAAAAACGUGAAGAUUAUACAAAAUACAAUAAAAUAUCGAGGGAAAUUCGAGAAAUAGCUAAUAAAAUAAAAGAUUUAGAUGCUAGCACAGAAUUUAGAACAGAAUCAAGUGCACAGUUAUUAGAAAAAUUAUAUCAAAUGGGUAUUAUUCCUACAAGGUGGGACUUGGCUCUUGCUACUAAUGUAUCAGCUAGUUCCUUUUGUAGAAGGAGACUACCUGUUGUUAUGGUCAGACAGAAAAUGUCAGAAACAAUCAAAGCGGCAACUAAGUUUAUCGAACAAGGGCAUGUGAGAGUUGGUCCAGAAGUUGUGAAAGAUCCUGCAUUUCUAGUUACCAGAGCUUUGGAGGAUUUUGUAACAUGGGUAGAUGGAUCUGCUAUAAGGAAACAUGUAUUGGAAUAUAAUGAAAUGAGGGAUGAUUUUGAAAUGCUC